AUGUAUGACACCAUCUACGACAACGACGCACCCAUUGAAUGCUUCACCGAAGAAGGCCUUUCGCGGCUCUUCGAGGGAUGCACGCGCCUCGAGGACCUCUGUCUCGAGUCCCCGCCGGAUCUGCCCGCCAUUCCCGCCGCCAUCAGCAUCCUCGCGCCGCGCCUCGCUCACCUGCACCUCGCGGCGGAUGCGCACCGCCUCCCCGACGCCUUCACGAGCUUGCGCGCGCUGCGCACGUGCGUGCUGCACAUGCCCUCCCUGCAAGAGCUGCCUCUGGAUUUCGGCAGCCUCACUUGCCUCACGUCGGUGGAGCUGAAAGUGUGUCAAUCGCUCACUUCACUCCCCGAAUCUUUUGGGGAGCUUGCGAAAUUAACCCGAUUCACCAUCCGCGGCUGCAGGAGCUUCCGCCUGCCGGAUUGCUUUCCUGAACUUCAAUCCCUGAAAGAGUUCCAGAUUACGCUUUGCGAUGCGCUCUCCGAACUGCCCGGAAAUUUCGGGCAGCUGCCAGCACUGGAAAGCCUGGUUAUGGAGGUGGUCGACGGGAUCACGGGCCUUCCUGAAUCCUUCGGGCAGCUGAAGCGGCUGCAGUCGCUUUCCAUCAACGCUUGCUACGACCUCUUGUCUCUUCCUUCCUCCAUGCCCGACCUAUCAUCACUCACAUCACUCGACCUCAACGCCCCAAAGCUGCCUGUGCUGCCAGAUGGCUUCGGGCGGUCUUCAAACCUCCAAUCGCUGAAUCUAUUCUCUGGCAGCUUCACACGCUUGCCUGACUCCUUACCUCUCGGCGCUGCACUGCAGCAGCUCAUUCUUCACAGUCUGCACUCACUAGCAUCACUGCCUGACGACUUGGGGAACUUCAGCAGCCUGCGGUGGCUUGAGAUUGUGGAGUGCACCCAGCUGCAGCAGCUGCCCGCCUCUCUGUGCCUGCUCUCGUCCCUCACACGGCUGACAGUGAGUGAAUGCCCUGCAAUGGUGGCGUUACCAUGUGCAAUGGGCGACGGACUGCACAGCCUGCAAGAGCUUACUAUCAACUGCAAGAACCUCACCCACCUGCCUCCGUCCUUUUUCCGGCUGACCUCGCUUGAACAGCUGGGCAUGUUUCACUUGCCGUGCGUGAGAGGGCCCCUGCCAGACGGCUUCAGCCGCUUCACACGGCUGAGGGAGCUCUCUCUCGUUGCCAUGCCGCACCUCACCGCCCUCCCUGCAUCUCUCGCUGCCCUCGCCCCCACGCUCACCAGCCUGCGCGUGGACGGCUGCAGCGAGCUGAGGGACGUGGUGGAGGAGCUCACCCAGCUGGCCACGCUUCAGACGCUCACAUUCGCGUGUUUAGAUGGCUUGAAAUCGCUCCCGCGGUUUCUCGGCCAGCUAGCCUAUACGCAGCAGUGGUAG